CCGCAUGAAUUAGUGAUAGUGAGGAAUUUGUGGACUGAAAGACAGAUUUGUACAGUGUGUGACCAUUCAAAAGUGACAGUUAUAUGUACGCUGGACACUCUGAUAUGCAGCGAAUGAAAGGACAAGGAACCUCAGGGGCAUAAAUAGUUGACCUCUCACAGUGUUCAAAAGAGAACUUGAUAAACACUUCCAAAGGCUACUUUAUCAACUGGGUUGUGACUCAUUCAUCAGACUGGGCAGUGGCAUACAACAACCUGGUUGACCAGACCACCAAACACGAGCUUGGCCAGAGACUGGGCCUUUGAGACAUUGAUUCCAGGAACCAAUAACAAUGCCAAAUGGGCCCAAAGAUCAGAAUUACUCGUCAUUCCAGAGCUACACAAGUCCCAUGACUUCAUCGAUGGCCGCGGCUGCAGCUGCUUCUGACCCGUAUAUGUCAUCUUACUACAUGACCUCCACCCCUUAUCAGGCAUUCGGAGUUGGUGAUGGAACUUGGAGCAAUGGGGGUGACCACAUGCAAACUUUCCUUGGAGGCUAUGGGGGACAAAUGGGAUAUGAUUCACACAGCGCCAUUGAUGGCAUGUUUGGUAGUGGCAGUUUUGGUGGAUUCAACCCUCCAGGCUUUAACUACGGUUUCCACGGAAAUGGUGACUACAGUGCAUGGGGAGGGUCAGAUGUUCGAGGAGGAAACAAGCCAUAUGACGACUACUAUCAGCGUGAUAAUUUGUACACUGAUGAGCGUGUGAAGGCCCUGGAUCAAGGUGUACAAGGACUUACUAUAACUGAUCCUAAGACAGGUCAAGACUUGCCUAGAGAUGGUGGAUCAGGAAUUGGUAAAAAUGCAGCAACAAAUGGAGCUAGUGUUGAGGUUAAGUCAAAUGGAGGCAGCAGUCCAGGGGGGGAAACGUCUGUUGGCCUGGGCCAAACUAAAAAGGGUAUGUCAUGGGCUAGCAUCGCUUCUCAGCCAGCCAAGCCUCAGCCAAAAGGAAGACGUGACAAAACUACUAUGUCAUCUAUUGUACCUGGUCGCCACAUGGACAUUGGGACAUGGGAGGGUAAAAAUGGUGGUGGACCAAAACCUGUGGCUCCUCCCCCAGUGCCACGGCCAGCCUGGGAGGCUCCACGAGGUGGGUCACGUUCUACAACCUCCACUUCAUACUCCACACCACCACCACGAACCCCACCCCAGGUGCCUCCCCCACAGCAAGUGCAGCAAUCUGGACAACAGCAACAAACUGGGCAACAGCAAGAGCAGCCACCACUACAAACUUUACAGACUUCUCCCCAACAGCAUCAACAGAACCAACACCAACAACAUGUGCAUCAACAACACUUGCAUCAACAACAUCAUCAACAGCAGCAACAACAACACCAACACCAACACCAUCAGCAGCAUCAGCAUCAGCAACUCCAGCAGCAGUUGCCUCCAUCUCCGCAACAACAGCAGCAGCAGCAGCAGCAGGCUCCUCCACCACCAUUACUGCCAAGUGGAGUCAUGCAUGCACAGAUGGAACUGCCCCCUUCCCCUCAAAGUGGACCCCCAAUGUCAAUACCUCAACGUGCCCCUUUGCCUCAUGUCCCUGGUCAGAUACCCGCUGAAUUGCAGCCAGACGAUCCAAUUCUUGAAGGUCUUCGUAUGCGUAAUGAUUAUAACCCAAAGGACUUUGACCUUAAUCCUAAAAAUGCACGUUUCUUUGUGAUUAAAUCUUACUCGGAGGACGAUAUUCACCGAUCUAUCAAGUAUGAGAUAUGGUGCUCGACAGAACAUGGUAACAAGCGUUUAGACGCUGCUUUUCAUGAAAGAGAGGGUAAAGGACCUGUAUACCUUUUCUUCUCAGUGAAUGGAUCUGGACACUUUUGUGGUUUAGCUCAAAUGAUUUCCAUGGUGGACUACAAUUCAUCAUCAUCUGUGUGGGCUCAGGAUAAGUGGAAAGGACAGUUUCGUGUGAAAUGGAUUUAUGUGAAGGAUGUUCCCAAUAAUCAACUGCGUCACAUAAGGUUGGACAACAAUGAGAACAAACCUGUGACCAAUUCCCGGGACACUCAGGAAGUUCCCUAUGAGAAGGGCAAACAGGUGCUGAAGAUAAUCAACCAAUACCGCCACUCUACUUCCAUAUUUGAUGACUUUUCUCAUUAUGAAAAACGGCAGGAAGAGACAGAGACUCGUAGGAAUCCUGGACCCCCUUACAAGGAUAUGGAUCGAGACGAUCGUCGCAAUGACCGCAUGGAUCAUCGAGAUCACCGUGACCAUCGUGAUCAUCCAAGAGACCAUCGAGACCAUCGAGAUAACCGUGAUCAUUAUCACCGUGAUCACAGAGAGCAGCGUGACCAUCGGGGUGACCACCGUGAACACCACAGGGGUGGGAUGGGUGGAGGACGUGGACGAGGUGGUCACCAUCAUCCUCACCAUCGUGGUGCACGCAACUAACCAUAAACUGAACCACAGUGUGUUAAGUCCCUAUUGAAAUAAAUAUUGAGGGAUUUAUAUCUGUGACAUACAAAAAACUUAAUAGAAAACAAAUCUAGUUUACAAUUGUUGACAUGGCCUGGUGGAUAAUGUACUUCAAAAAAAUUAUAAAAUAUCUUAUGGACCAUUGGCUCUAUUUUGAUCAUGAAAUGUAAUUAAAACAUUGCUGGACAAUCUGACCAGAAAGUUUUGUAGUCAAGAAACUCUAAGCUGACCAGUGUUUUUAUAGCAGUGAAGGACUUGAUAUAUCCUCGAUUCUAGGAACUAGGUGAUCGCAUGUGGUUGAUUGAUCCAAGGAGGCUUGCUAGUGCCGACUUAGAACCUCUUGAGUGUCUGCCUAAUUGAAAGCUAGUGAUGUGGAAGCUAUCACUAAAAAUUGAAAAUGCUACACUGCACGAUACACAAUGUCAUGCAUAACAUGUCCAGCCAAGAAUACUAUUCUGUAAAUGUGAAAAAAGUGUAGCAGUGCACUGAAACACUGUUUUCGUCCACUGUUCAAGUUUAGACAGGCACCCAUUAGCACCAAACUACACCAGCCUGUUUGUCAGCUUAAGUGAUAUCACAGAUUAAAAUAACUGUCACGAAUGAUUUGUCACUGUUUCCUGAAGAACUCUUGGCAUCAAGAACUGCAAAGAAUAUGCCACUGUCAUUGUUAUCCUUUUGUUUCUUUCACUGUUGUGGUUAGGGGAAUGGAACACAGUAUAUAUAUUUAACCUAAUCCUCCUAUAAUCGUACAACUGCGGCUUGUAUCAGAGAGCCAGAUGACUUGACAGAACCCACAUGGGGGACCUGAGAGCUACCAAGCAAAACAUGAGAUGGGCUUGCCAGCUGCCUUACUCAGUUUGUAUUACAAAGAACAACAACAUUAACAAUAUCAACAAGUUUUGCCUAUGAUUAGAGCUUUGAGGAUAAAAUAACAAAUAACAAUUAGUUUUUUAUAAUUUUACUGCGAAGUUAAAAAAGUGUAAAGUGAAAUUAACUAGUUUAAUUAACUAAAUAACUAAGUGUAAAGUGAAAUAUUUGUCAAGCUAAAGAUUUGCAAAAUGCGUCUGUGAAGUUAGGCAGUGGAUACCAGUGUAGAAGUAUCAGCUCGGGUCUGUGGAAAAAAUGAUAAACAAGGGAAGUUGGACUGUUCUUUGGUGUUUAUUUCUUAGUGCCUGAGAGUAUGGUAUUGUGUAGUUUAAAGUGAUAUUGUAAAUGCUCUUGAAUAUAAAACAUGAACCACCUUAGACUCAACUUGGUUUGUUUCAGCAGUGCCUCAUUUAACUGAAAUAACCGUAGUUGUUAGUGUUACCAUUUACUGUCAUCUAAUAAUUGAUAUUACAAAAACUUAUGGUUCUGUGGAAUCAUUUUUUCAAAAAUACUACCACUUCAAAACCCUAUCAAAAAUGGAUAAAAGAUACUUUAUAAAUUAUGAAAUGCAACUAUAGUGACCGUGUUACAUAUUAUGGAUGUGCUAAGUAUCCAGUGUUGAUAUAGAAAAGAACUGUUAACAGGCUAUUGAAAUCAGUGUGGAAUAAACUGGGAUUGAAGUUCAAAGCUGGCUAAUUGCUUGGUGCUGUUGUGAAGGUCACUUGUGCUUGUUGGAAUGCUGCCAUGUAUCAAGACCACCUACCGUUGUGUCCUGCUGCCCUGACCCUUGCUGUGCCCGUGCCACACAAGCUGCUUGGGCCUUUUCAACAACAGUCUAGCUCUGAUAAGCUGCCUCUUGUUUGUCAGGGAUGUGUCAGGGAUUUAGCUUUAGAGGGAACAGCUUUCAGAGCAAAUGAACCAACAUUAUAAUUUUCUGUACCUUGGAACAUUUGCAUUUUGUGUGGUUCGGGCACAAAUCGCUGAUAAUGCGCUUUUAUUAUUAUUAUUUUUAUAAUUUUUAUUAUUAUUAUUAUUAUUAUUAUCAUUAUUAUUAUUACUACUACUACUACUACUACUAUUUUUUGCGUUCAGAAUUUUGGCACAUUUUGUAUUUAUUUAAAAAUGGCUUCAUAUUUAGAUGUGAUCACAUCCAAUUAAAUUUUUAAAUUGUAGAUUGAGUGCCUGGAGGAAGUCUAAAUGAUAUUUCCUUUUUAACUAUACUGUACUUUUAUUCAUAGAUGUUUGUUCGACUUUGCCACAGACUUUCUUAGUACUUCCUUCUUGCUGUGUCUUGGAAAUGGAAUAAUUGGAUUGCAUCUGGUUUGCAAGUGUGUGUACUUGAGGUUUCUGAUCUAUAAAUUGUCUUAGGAAGUCAGUUGUGUCAGUCUGUUUUGGGAAGAAUGCAUUGUUUUGCAAAUGGGACCGCCACUAUCAUUUGGGGAACUUGACCACGCUACAGAGUAUUUUCUUACCCUUUAUGAAUGUGUGCAUUAUAUUCUCCAGAUUCCAAAGAAAUGAAUUGGAUGUAAUUAAAUAUAUAUGUGGCAUGGGGUGGGUCUUGUGAUGGUGGUAGUGGGCAACUGCCGGUGUGUAGUGUUCUCCCCCCCCCCUUCUCUGUCCCUAUAACCAGUAGCUUAGUUGUGGGUGCCAGUGCGUGGGUUUCAGUGGUAUUUUAUAUAUUACCAUCAUGUUUCUUGUAUUAAAUACUGAGUAUUGCUCUGUAACCUAUGUAUAUUAUUUCUCAUACACAGAUGUUAAGUUGACUAGAUAUCCAUAUUAUAGUUUAUGUAUCCAGCUUUCUAGCUUCAUUUAUAACACGUCUGCAUUAGUAACUGCCUAUAAUUUUAGAAGUGGCACUGUCUGCUCUGCCCCUCAAAUAGUAUUUGAAGGUUGUUGAGUGAUGCUUGUUAAGAUGUCAUUAAGAAAUAAUUUACAUAUUUGACUGUUGUUAAGAGACCCAAGAAAAAUAUAAAUGAGGAAUAUUUUUUUUUGUAAUAAAAUAUAAUGUCGAAGAAGCGGUUAAUUAUAUUAAUGAUUAAUACACUCCCAAUAGAGUUGUGUGGUUAUAUGUAUGUGGUGAUUCUUAUAUUACGUCAGAUUCAUUAUUUAAAUUGAUUCCAUUCUUGAUAACGGAAUAUGACAUACAAUUUAGCAUUGGUGACUUCAAAUAAUCUCAUGUUUUUGACCAGUAAUUGUACACCAGUGACAAAAUAUUGUAUUACAUGUUCCCCAUAAUGCUCAAGUUAGAAUUAUGACCUUCAUCUACAAAAGGGGAAUAGUCAUGUUAGUAAGUAUCUUGAUAUUGAAAACUUGUCAGUAGAAGUCUUCAAUACAUAACCCACAAAUAUAAAAAGUAAGAAAUCCCUACAGUUUUAUAAGGUAGAGUUUACUAGUAGUCCAGAUACUUUUUUGUUGAAGGUCAUAAAGAUAGUAACUAUAAAAAUGGGUAGUGCCUACAAGUGUCAAGGAUAAUGGACCAAUGCUUGGAGUAAAAGCCACAAAUUGGAUUUUUUAUACAAUAUUGAACAGCUCAAUUGUUGACCUAGUUUUUGGCCUUAAAAAUGUUCCUAUGAACAGCAUCAUUGCCACAGAUUACAAUAGGAUGGAACACAUUUAUCUUCAUAUUUGUAUAGUUAUGGGGUAUUGAUUAUCAUAUAAUGUGACAGGUUGUCAUUUUAUAGAUAUCACCUCAUGUAAUUGGUGGCAAUGAUUAUAUAUUGUGGGUAAUUAUUGAAUAAAAAAAAUCACAAUUGUUUGAUAUCAAUGAAAUCUCUUAAUUUUAUGAUUUGUUACCAAGAGUACAAGGUUUAAAUUAAAGAUACUGUGAUGAUGGUUUGGUUACUACAUUGAAUGACAUUUCAUUUAAGUUAUCCAUGAAAUUUCGUAGUCCUGAAAAUGUAACAAUGAUUUGGAAAAUACUUUAGAGGUAGAAUUAUAGUUGGCAAUCUUAUAUAACAGUGUACGGCUGUGACUUUGAUGAUGGAUAUAAACAUAUUGUAGCAAAUGAACAAAAAAGAAAAUAGUACAUGCAAAUAAGAGUCAGAAAGUAUGGAAAUUUCUGUGGGUAUAAUGGCAAAGAUGUGUAUGUAUAUGAUUGAUAAUUGGUGGGUAGAGCUUUGUGGGGGCAGAGCGGUGCGGUUAUGUGGUCUUGGCAGGUCCCACCUGUGGGAAUAAAAAUGUUCAUCAAUAAAACAAAAUGUACACAGGAA